AUGUCUGGAGCCAACGGAGCGACCCUGCACAGUAUAUCUCCUGAUGGUACUCACUCCACCCACGCCUGGAAGGUGCUGGCGCGGUUGCUCCCUUCACGCGACCUGGAUACCGAUAUUUGGUGGCAGCUCACCGGUCGACAACUGGCUGUGCUACUGGACGCGGCUGCGUAUCCGAUCGAGAGACAGUAUGAGUGUCUUUUGUACCAUUAUCACUACGCUACUCCCUAUCUAGGCCCUGCCCCCCGUUUGGGCAGCUUCUCAGGCAAAUGGAAGUCUAUGCUACAAUUGGACGGCACCCCCCUUGAGAUGUCCUGGAAAUGGAACACUUCUGACGGGGAACCUGAUGUCCGCAUCGGGCUGGAACCGAUUAGUCCCAUGGCGGGGACUUCGUGUGACCCUCUCAACCACUCUACCACCCGCGAGAUCCUCCACGGCCUUGUCUCCGUUGUCCCAGGUGUCAAUCUGGGCUGGACCCAUCAUUUCCUCGCGACUUUGUUUGACCAUGACUACGCGAAAUACACUGCAGAGGCCGAUGCCGGCGCCCAGAUCGGAACCAGUCUGAUCUUCUCGCUCGAAUUCUUGCGCAACUCUACCGGACUCAAGACAUACAUCCAACCUCGCCGGCUGAACCAACACGGAUUCCUUGAGGUUCCACACUGGGAGGCGUCUUUCCAGGACCUCCAUCCCGACGCUCCAGCCCGCGCCGCCGUCCAUGAUUUCCUUGCCACUAGCCCAGAGGGCAGGCUAAUGAACCCAUUCUGUCUCAGUGUCGACAACGGCGACCCUGCCAACGCUCGGCUCAAAUGGUACUUCAAUAAUCCCCAUACCAGCUUCUCCGCCAUCCGCGAGAUCAUGACCCUAGGGGGGCGCAUUCCUACCGACGACACCCGCGCCCAACAAUUCAACGAGCUCUUUGACCUCCUCAAAACCCUAACCGACCAGCCUCCCACCUUCCCGUCCGACUCCGAAUUCCCCUACGUCGCCCAGAACGGCGACUCGGGUGCGGCGAGCUUCGCGGAGGUCCCGGAAAUGCUCAAGGGAUGUGUCUACUUCUUCGACAUCAGUCCCGGGAAACCGCUCCCCGCCAUCAAGUUCUACUUCCCCGUGCGGAACCACUGUCGCAAUGAUCUCGUGGUGACUCAGAACUUCACUCGCUGGUUGGACUCGCGAGGACGGGGACAGUACGGGGCUGCUUUCUUGCGUGCACUGGAGGCGGUUGCCGACUACCGUCGAUUGGACGAGGGGAUUGGAUUGCAGAGCUUUGUCAGCUGUCAGUUCAAGAGCAGUGGGAAUCUGGAGCUGACAUCGUAUUUGAAUCCGGAGGCGUUUCAUUCUGCGAGAUCGGGGCCACGUCGGGCCACUCGUCGACGUGGGGAUUAA